UCGAAACCAUUCGCGCCUUUCCGAAAUUUGCAUUUUGUACAGUCCAAACAUUCGUGUAAACUAAGCCGGAAAAUAAACAAACCAAGAGGAGUAGAGUAUAUAUACAGCAAAUCUGCAGUUAUGAACUUUUGCGAAGUGAAGGAGGAGGGGGAUGCUCUUGUGAGGCGGCUUUCUGCAAGCUGCGACCAGUUGGAUUUGGAUCCCCAAAUUGUGCAGAGCGCCCUAGCCACCUACCGAAGACUCGAUACCGCUGGCAGGCUGUCCAACAACGAGGGGGAGGUUCAAGAGUGGUUAUGUUGCGCCGUCUACAGCGAACUCCAGCGGGUAAAGAUCCGGGAAAUACGGGAGGAGUCCCGAAACUCCCAGACUGAGACAAACGAAUUGCCGGCAAAGAGUAGCUGCUGGAACCUUUCACUAACCAGACUUCUGCGCAGCUUUAAGGUGAACGUAUCGCAGUUUCUGCGUCGCAUGGAGCACUGGAACUGGCUGGCCCAGAACGAGAAAACCAUCCAGUCGGAGGUGGAGGAACUGCGUCGCCGACUCGGAAUCACAUUGACCCUGCUACGCCACUACAAGCACAUCUUUCACAGGCUAUUUGUCCAGCCCGCCGAUAAUGCGGACCCGGAUGUUCUGGCCCAUUACCAGUCCCUCUACGAAUUCGGCUGGCUACUCUUUCUGGUCAUCCGCAACGAGUUGCCCGGCUUUGCCACCUCGAACCUAGUCAACGGCUGCCAAGUGCUCGUCUGCAGCAUGGAUCUGCUGUUUGUUAACGCCUUGGAGGUGCCACAAUCCGAGGUUAUCCGUCGGGACUUUGCCGGCGUGCCUAAAGACUGGGACAGCAAGGACUUCGACUCUGGCUUUCUCAACAAAUAUAACACCCUAGACGCCAUGGGUGCACUGAUCCCCGAACUUCCUUUAAAGGGGGUGCAGCAGAUGAAGAAUGCCUUCUUUCACAAGUCCCUUAUGCUGCUUUUUAUGGACCAGAGCUUGGUGGGCGACGACACCCACAUGCGGGAAAUCAUUAAGGAGGGAAUGCUGGACAUCAAUCUAGGAACGUUAAACCGCAAAUACACUAGCCAUGUAGCUGAUAUAAGUGAGAUGGAUGAACGGGUGCUGCUCUGCUACCAGGAAACGAAGGUGCAUGAAAGGAAUUCUUAUAAGAGCCCUCUGGCCGCAUCUCGAUCCAGCUUUUCUCCAGGGCACAAAAAGCUUCUAACCCAGGAUCUACCACAAAGCCUUCCCAUCUGCAUAACUAAAGAUUUGGGGAAAGGCGAAGAUGGAGAAGUGGUUGUUAAAAAUGUAGAAAAGACUCUGCUUAAAAUGGAGAAUACCUUUAUAACAGCCGCUAAGAAUUAUUUGGAUGCUAGGGCGGCCGAAAAGCGUUUCCGGUUGGCCAGCGGUCUUUACUACGAGUUUUUAAUGAAGAUUGUGAAUUCGGAAUUGGAUUCCAAGCCUCAGCUAAAGAUCAACCAUUUGCUGAGACAGCGGACUUUAACCACCACACUAUUGGCCUGCUGUCUGGAGCUGGCUCUUCACGUUAACGACGAGCAAGUGCAGGAACUAAGAUUUCCCUUUGUCCUAGACUGCUACUCACUGGAUGCCUUCGACUUCCAAAAGAUCAUUGAGCUUGUGGUGCGUCACGAUCAGGGAUUUCUGGGCAGGGAGCUGGUUAAGCAUCUACAUGUAAUUGAGGACGAGUGCCUAGGAUCGCUGAUAUUCCGCAAAGCCUCUCAGCUCUGGUGGAGCUUGGGUAAAAACCUACCCGGCUAUCAGGAAGUCCAGUCGGAGGCUGAUGGCAAGGAGAACGGUUCAACAGGAGUUGACAUCUGCCUGCGAAAAUUCUACGGCCUGGCCAACAGGCGACUGCUGCUUCUUUGCCAGAGUCUAUGCCUGGUGGAAUCAUUUCCGCGUAUUUGGCACCUGGCCGAGCACUCUUUUACCAUGGACGGUGGCCGGCUGCUGCGUAACCGCCACAUGGACCAGCUGCUGCUAUGCGCUAUCCAUCUGCAUGUCCGUCUCGAGAAGCUUCGACUUAGCUUUAGCAUGAUUAUUCAGCACUAUCGCCGCCAACCGCACGCCAAAAGGAGCAUUUACCGCGAGGUCAGCCUGGGCAAUGGCCAGACCGCUGAUAUUAUUCGUUUUUACAACAGCGUUUACGUAAAGAAUAUGGGCCACUAUGGUCGUAACCUGGACUGCGAGCAAUCCCGAAAAUCACCUCAACAAUCGAGCAGAAUUAAUACCAUUUUGCAGGAGAUGUCACCCAACCAAAAGUGCAUGCGAGCAAACAUAAGCAUAACCUCGCCGCCCCCACCUAAAAUCUGCAAAAGUGGAUCCUGCUCCAGUCUGCCGCCCGAUUCUCCUGCCGCAUCACCACUGACUACAUCGAACUCACCCCACCUGAAGCGCGCUACAUCCAGCAACGAACUAAGGGAGGUCAAGCGACCCAACAUCCUUCGGCGCCGCACAUGCUUUCAAUGAUCCAUAAAAUCCAUUAAACUUUUGGCUGCAUUUUACGCAGCUACCCUAGGAUAUAUAUUAGAUUCCCCUCAAUUACUACCAACUCAUUGUAAAUGAACCGACUGCUCUAUUGAACUCAACCGUAAAUUUAAUAUAUAAGCUUCAAAAUAAAGCUUGAUUUCUUUGCAAGACGUGCAAAUUCUUUUUUAUAAUAAAAAAAUUCAGCUCCCAACUUGUA